AUGAAGAAAGAAUUAAUAUCAAUUAAAUGGUGUAAUCUAAAGCGGUAUCCUGAUUCACUGGUAUCGUAUUGCUACUUUGAUGAGCUUGCUAAACUACUGGAGAGUGGUGAUGUUGCUACACUUCCUAAAUUAACCGACGUUCUUCAACAUUUACCAACACUCAAAAUAUUGGAUCGUUUGAUGGAAGUUAAAGCUUGGCCAAACAAUCUAUUACAGUUGGCAAUAGAGAAUCAAUGUAGCUUUGAAACCAUUCAGUUCCUCGUUGAAAAUAGGAGAGAUCAACAAGAUAUUGUUAGUGCUAUUAUCAGUGCCACUGAACACUCCAAUCUCGAUACCAUUAUCUAUCUUAUGAGCAAACUACCGGAUAGUUUGUCAAUCUCUAACUUUGCAGGCAAAUUCAAUCCUCCCAUCGUCGCUGCUAGAGGAGAUAUCGGAAUUAUUAGAUAUCUGGAAUCUGUAGAUCCAAAUAUCGAUUGGUUGAAAUCAAUUGAACAUGUGGCAUGCCGUAAUCAUUUGGAAAUGGUUCGAUUCCUGCUUGACUUGAUUCCUUUCGAUUCAAUUGUAACAUUGAAAACAGUGGAAGCAGUUGCCAAGUAUGGUGAUUUAGAAUUAUUGAUUUUGUUGUUUGCCAGGAACCAAUCGCAAAUCAAUUCAUUUAAAACAAUGGACAUGGCAUCCAAACACAAUAGAUUGGAAAUUGUCAAAUGGAUUCAUGAAAACAGGACUGAAGGCUGUUCGAAAGCAGCUGUGAUAUAUGCUUCAGCCAAUAGAAACAUCGAAUUAGUCAAGUGGUUACACGAGAAUAGAACAGAAGGAUGUUAUAGAUCAGCAAUUAACAAUGCUUCAGCUAAUGGAGAUUUGGAAUUGGUUGAGUGGAUUCAUAAAAAUAGAACAGAAGGUUGUUCUGGAAGAGCAGUAAACCAAGCAUCUUUAAACGGUCAUCUUUCAGUGGUUCAAUUCUUGUGUGAAAAUUAUAUCGACAAUAUCAAAGAUCAAAUUUUAGAUGCUUUGAUAUAUGCUGCGAGUAAGGGGAAUUUAGACAUUGUGAAAUAUCUGCUAUUUCAUCCACUUACUGUUGCCAACCAAUCUAUCAAUCGGGUGUUCAAUUCCGACUAUCCUGAAAUCAUUGAUUUCCUUUUCAAAGAGAGAAAGAUACAUUACAACAUUAAGCCAUCGAAACUCUACAAUAUCAUUGCAAACGGUUGUGUUCAUUCAUUCAAGACAAUUCACCAAUUAGGAUUAUCUGAAAUCAAUGGCAAUCAUUUCAGUAUUGCAACACUAAAAAAUCAAUUGGAAAUAGUUGAAUACAUUCACCAACAUAUAGGAGACAAGAUUCGUUAUUCAAUAUCAACACUAGAGAAAUCAAUGAUUAAGAAUCAUCCAGCCAUAACUAGAUACCUAGUCAAUAAUAAUUUAUAUGAUAUCAACUACCAAUCUUCUAUUCAAACACUGAUAUCUUUUUGCUCAAAUAAUGUAACGGAAUACCUUGAUAUUUUAGAGCUGAUGUUAAUUAAAACCAGAUCUAUUGUUGCUUUGGAUAUUCAUUCGGUUCUUAGAGGUGGAAAUAUCUACAUGCUAAAGAUAUUGAUGAACUACCAAGACAAAUAUACAGAUAAAACCUACAGUAGUACAUGGCGAUCGGAGGCAAUUAUGUAUCAAUUUGUAAACAGUAGCAUGCAUUUCGAAACACUCAGAUAUCUUGUGGAGGAUCUCCAGAUUGCUCCUUCAACUACCAUUUCAUGGAAGCUACCAACUCUCGAAACCAUAGAGUAUCUGUAUGAAAAGUGUAGAGAAGUCAUACCGAAAGAUAUAUGUUAUCAUUAUGCUAGAACUGGGGAGUUGGAUGUAAUCAAGUUCUUUCAUGAAGAAACUAUUAAAAUAGUCACACAAAAAAAUGGUAUUAUAGAAUUUGAUAUUUCGAAACUCUUUGACAAAGCAUUGGAAUAUGGAAGAUUAAACAUAAUGAACUAUCUAGAUACUUACCAAAAGAGUAAAGUGUGCUCACAAUCAUCGUUUGAAGAAGCCAAGAAAAAAAAGUAUACUCUUGCACUUAACUAUAUUAUUAUUAAUAAUUAUAAAGAUCAAUUUGGAAACAUUUUAAAAUAA